AGCAGUGUGUGGAAGUAUCUGGCAAUGAACUGAUUUUUGUGUGUGUGUGUGCGUGUGUGUGUAUUAUUUUAAGGGACAGAACAGUCUACCCACAUUCACUUUACUUUAAUACUUCAACGCAUACACCAAGAACACCAUACGUAAUCCGUUUUUAAAGACGCCCCACGCGUGCUCCUCUGCAACCACCAUGCGAUGCAAACUCUGCAAGAAGGGUUACGAUUCCCGCCGCCACGUGCCGCUCAUCCUGCCCUCCUGUGGCCACACCUUCUGCAGGAUGUGCCUUCUGGAACUCGAGGAAGAGGAGACCCAUUUUGACUGCCCUCGCUGCGAUAAGCUGCAUAAAAGACCCUCUGUUCAGAAUCUACAAAUAAACUGGGAUUCCCUGGAGGAUGAGGAUGACUCAAAAAAGGUCGCCAUCUACAGGACUUCGAGUGCUACGGGCCAGAGUUGCAGUGGUUUCAAAAUUGGUGGCAGCGUUAAUCUCGGAUUUGGGGUAAACGACAAUGGAGUCUGUCUCGGUGUCAACGCCACAGGGGGCGUGGCGAUCGACGAAUUCAAAAUGGCUGGCAACUUUGGGCUAGGCUUUCAGGCAGGCCCUCACGGUGCUAUGAUUAACGGUCAGGCUGGCUUGGCUGUAGGAUUAGGCCAAGACGCGUUUAUAUGUGGUGGCAAUGCGAAUUUGGGGAUUGAUCCUCUUCCGCGGAUUGGAGCGAAUGGUUCGUGGCAGAUUAUUCCAGGCGGUAAUCGGAGUAUCACGUUCUGAGUUAAUGAAGUGCUCCACGCAGCGACUGCAACAGUCUUUCUGCUAGAUGAGCCACGUGCCUUGUGGAUGUCAAUUUACCUAAAGAGAAAACUGCAAUGACGAGAAGGAAUCGGAUGGGAGUUUUCAACUAAGCAGCAGUCGCUAAGAAUCGUACUCUUGAUCCUCGUCUGUUAUGGCACUUGCCUGACUUUUUUUUUUUCUUCUCUUUUAAUUCUUGCAAUGAGGAACACUUUCACCAUGGCUCUUUUUCUAUUCAGUCAGCCAGUUUUGGAGAUCAGAAUCAAAUAGCCAUGAUCUAGAAUUAUUGUAUUUUUUAAAUUUUAUUAUGUUGAUACAAACAUUGAUACAUUUUAUGUUUGUUGUAUACAUUUAAAUUACUGACUAAAGCAACAGCAUUUUGCAAUGUCAAACCCACUGUAGGAUCAAUAAUUGCAACAUCAAUCAAUGUGAAAGAUGUUAAUGAUUGCAAAAUCACUGAGAAGUUAAUAACAUAUAUUUUCUAAGUGGUAAUAGUAAAACCUUUACCCUUUUUUGUUAUUAUUAUUUUUCGUUGUUGGUUUUGUAGGUAACAUGAAUAUGCAUUUUCAAAAUAAAUGAUAAUUGAUUAUUGGUAAUUGGUGUGUUUGGCAGCGUUGGUGUAAAGGCUGUAAAAUUGUCUUGAAUAGUAACUUUAAAGUUUUUUAUUUCCGUAAAUUAAAUAAUUUAUCUGGUAUGAUUGUAAGGGUUAUUGUAGCCAGACAUUUCAAUCGGUUUAAUAGAGUUUUAAUUUAGUUACGAAAUUUCAUUGUCACACACAUGCACGGGUGUGUAAUUAUACAUGAUUUACUUUGUAAGCCCUAUUGUAUUUCAGAGCUUCCCAGAUUGAGGGCCUUAGUACGCCAGCCUUUAUAUUAGUGUUUUAGUUCACUACGAUUGGUUGCACAAAAAAUGAUAGUCUUGAUUUGAUCUUCAUGUCUGUAUCUCUUAUUAAAUGUUGGUGGAGGA